GCAACCCUUUCAUCCAUGAAAGGUUGAAGGUGAAGUUGCACAACCCUGCGAGGCGCAGAUGGCGGUUCGCCUUCAUCCAAACACGUCACGUGCGUGCCCAUCGACGAUGCCGUCCGACUCGGCGGUUCUCCCGUGAGUCGUCGGGAUGAGUGAGCCCGUGUGCGCCUCGGAUUCGUCCGCGGGGUCGAUGAAGAAGCCCGAGGAGCUGACGGUCGUGGAUGCCCCGGCCGGGGCUCGAGUCGACGAGAUCGACGGGCUGCCAAAGAAUCUCAGAUUCGCUCUAUACGACGCCUUUUUCAUCGUCUAUUCCAUCUUCACGUACCUGCUCGACAUCGGGAGCGACAUAUGGCUCGCGCACAGGUACUACGUGCUGGAGGAUUACGCUUUCUUCGGGUUGACGAUCGGGAUCGUUAUCUUCACCUCGCUGGUGCUCACCGUUCUCAGCUGGGUCUGGUAUAAAGAUGAUGCAAAGGGUGACCCAGUUUCACCGAGAGACUGGCGCCUCCGGAUCCUGCUUCUCCUCCUCCAGCUGGCUCCAGUGCUCAGGGAUUCAUCAGGCCUAGAUUGA